CAACAGCAUAAAAGAUGGACAUUGGGAACAAUGUUUGCUAUGGAGGAAUAAGCGAUUGUUUUGUCUGACAACUUGGCUAGACCUUCAUGUCGAUCUUAUCAAGGAUAAAUCUAUUUCAGUGGAUUGUAUUUAUAUGGUAUUUUAUUGAAAUUUAUAUUCUCAAAGCAGAUGGAUGCUUUGACAAGUGUGGAGAAAUGGACAUUCCUUACCCCUUUUCAAUUGCAGGAAAUGGAAACAGUAAUUGUGGGCUGCCUGGGUUUGAAAUAAACUGCACACACAAUCAUAGCUCUGGAAGUACCCAGCCUAUUCCCUUUCUGUCCAUUCCUUCAGGGCAAGUACAAAUCUUGAAAUUCUCUCACGACCAUCUCUACAUUAACGCAACCCAAUUCUUUGCUUCCACUUCCAAUUGUCUAGGCCACCGAAAUAAAACAAACAUUACCUUUUCUAGCAAAGCGCCUUUCUGGCUUUCUACACAGAACAAGUUUGUUGCAAUUGGAUGUGAAGCUGUGGGCUUCUUUGGCAUAGUUGAGGACAACAUUUUCACUAAUUCAGGUGGAUGCGCAUCUCUGUGCACUAAUCCUCCCACUUAUUCUAACUGCAACGGGGAUGGCUGCUGCCAAACUUCCGUGCCUUCAAAUUAUACAGAUUAUGUCAUUGGUGUAUUCGAUUUCUCUUGGUUGCAUAAUAAGAGCAAGACAUCAUGUAAUUACGCUGGUAUACUUGAUGAAAAUAGUUGGGAUUUGAUUUCUAAAUCAGAUACCCUUAGCUUAAAUUUUGCUUACGUAAGUCUAAAUUGGAGUAUUGCAAAUGACACCUGCGCUACAGCUAGAGCAAAGGGUUCAUACCAGUGUGCUCCAGAGGCAGAGUGCAAUGAUAUAGGACGGGGUUAUCAAUGCAAUUGUAAACCUGGUUUCUUUGGAGACGGGUAUCUCAAUGGCAGCCGAUGCACAGAUAUUAAUGAAUGUUUAGAUCCUGCUUUGAAUGACUGUUAUCCUUGGUCAGAGGGAGGGAGAUGCGAAAACACAAAUGGCUCGUACAAGUGUUCCUGCGCCAAAGGCCACGGAGAUGGCACUGAGGAUGGUACCCGCUGUUCUAUGGGAAAGUUUCAGCCUUUGCCCGUUGCCAUAGGAGUAUGCGUGACGCUAGUGGCUAUGCUUAUAGGCGGCGGUAUUGUGUUAUUGAUUUUGAGGUGUAGAAGGGCCAAGCUUGUCAAGCAGAACAACUUUCAUAGAAAUGGAGGUAAUCUUUUGCAGAAACUAAUUUUAUCACAGGUAGAUGGCAUGAGAAUCUUUUCCUUGGAUGAGGUUGAGAAAGCAACCGACAAUUUUUCUCCAAGUUUGAUCAUGGGAUCGGGUGGCUACGGGAAGGUUUACAAAGGGACUCUUUCCAAUGGGAUUCUUGUGGCUAUCAAGAUGGCUAAUUCCAAACAAAUUGAUUCUAAAGAAAUCAAUGAUUUUAUCAAUGAAAUUGUUAUUCUGAAUCAGAUAAAUCACAAAAAUGUGGUGAAGUUGUUGGGCUGCUGUUUGGAGUCUCCAGUCCCCUUGUUAAUUUAUGAAUAUAUUUCCAACGGAAAUCUCUUUGAUCAUCUACAAGGCAACAAAUAUGAGCAGCACCUUCACUGGAACUCCCGUCUGCGCAUCGCUACAGAAUCUGCAGAAGCGCUUUCAUUCUUGCAUUCUGCUGCAUCAAUGCCCAUUGUGCACAGAGAUGUGAAAUCCUCAAACAUCUUGUUGGACGAUGUGUAUACCCCCAAAAUUGCAGACUUUGGAUUGUCUCGUCUGGUGCCAAUGGACCAAACACACAUCACCACACAUGUGCAAGGUACGAUGGGUUAUUUGGACCCUGAAUACAUUCAGACAGUUCAACUUACUGAGAAGAGUGAUGUCUAUAGCUUUGGGGUUGUGUUGGUGGAGCUUUUGACAGGGCUGAAGCCUCUUUCCUUUGAAAGAACAAAACAUCAGAGCAACUUGGCUAUUUAUUUCCUCAAUACGAUGAAGACGAAGGAUCUGACUGAAAUUUUGGAUUCUAGGUUUACUUUAGAGGAGGCGAGGAAUAUGGAAUCAAUGGAAAAAUUGGCCAAUUUAGCAAUGAAGUGUUUGAGCGUGGAGGGGGAGACGAGGCCGACAAUGAAGGAGGUGGUUGAGGAGCUAGUGUGGAUCAGAGAGGGAGCAAGGCCACACGUCUUGUUGAAUUCUUAUGCAGCGCAAAAUGAUGAAGAAUUUGUUUCUCUCAUAUUGAAUGGGGAAGUGAUUGACGAGCAGACAAUUGAAAUGCCGAACCUAUGUACACACAGCGAGCCUUUGUCACUUGAUAUUCAACGAUUCCGGUUCUGCCUAUGAAUGUGUGCUAAUUUUGGUAAGGAUCACACAAAUUAAGUUUUGAUUUUUGGGCUUAAAAAUAUUAAACACUCAGAUUUUAUUGAUAUUUUUUAAUAUUAAACAUUCAGAUUUGACUGAGA